AUGAAGUCUCUGAACUUCCAAUCCGUCGUCUCGCAGUUUUUCGAGGUGAGAUUUUCUGAAACAGCGUUUAACAAUGGUUUAGUUCAGUACGAGAGUACGGUAGUCGUCCGAUGGCCGCUUCCUUUCAUCAUUAUCCCGCCUCUUCUGACUGUUUGCAUUGGUUUGUAAACCAUGUAAGAGUUAAUCGAUAUUCUCGAAUUUUCAGUGACAUUGACUAUAACAGACUUCCAUUUGAAUGUGACGAACGACACGCUUCAAGUGUUUCUGCCUGAUCACAUGCGCAGUCUGACUGAUCUCAAAGAACUGCUUCAUCUUUUUCCUCCUCGAGACGCUCAAAGGGACACCUACAGUAUAUUUGGUUCAAAGUUUGUGUAUACGGUCAUAGAGGACGAGAGCUCGGAAGGCAAUAUUUUGUCUUCGUCGGGCAUUCAGAGAAUGAGAAGACUUCAUAAGUUUGUCAUGGGAUUGCAGGUCUGACCCAUUAAUGCAUAUCACACAUGUAUCAUUUCAGACGCGACAUGGAGACAGUGUUUCUUCGAGUUGCUUGAGAAACAGAGAUGACGAAGCGUGCACUAUGCACCCGAUUGCUUUCGCUUUGGAGGACGACACUCCCGUAAGGCUUCUACUUUGUGCUUUGUGACGGAAGUGAAAGUUCAGGAGUUCGCGAUCCAAUUUCUUCUGCGGUAUCCAAAUCUGAAGUUUGGCGAUUUCACGAUAGACAACGCAAUGGUUUUCGGAGGGGUUCACGUUAAUCCAAAGGUACUUGAGAACGACUUUUUGAAGUGAAACCGAAAUAGGAAGUUGCAGUUCCGUGACCGAGAAGGAAAUGCUCCGAUCCGUUCUUCGAAAGCUGUCCGUUUGACGUAUAUCCUGGAAUCGAGCGAUUCAGCUGAACGGUUUGCCAUCUGGUACAAAAGUUAUGAUAGUCAACUUUGAAGAUGGAUAGACAUGUUCCUAGCCGCCAUUCCCCGUUACAAAGAGCACAACUCAACAAUUCUGUGGUCAUCCUCAAAAAGUCUCGCCAAAGAAAUGGAGCGAAACGGAGAGCUUCUUAUCCCGUGGAUGCCGUGGACUUCUCUCGUCCUCAUCGUUUUUUGCAUGCUCGCCUGCUCUUCCCUUCACGUCGUCAAGUCUCAACCGUUUAUCGGUUUCUUCGCGAUGUUCAAUGCGACGAUGGCAACCAUCGCAUCCACGUCCCUUCUCAUUUACCUACAGUACCCUUUCCUACCACUAGUUUUCAUAAUGCCUUUUUUGGUUGUUUGUAAGUUUCAGCCUGGGAAUCUUUGAACAAACAGUUUCUUUUCAGCCAUCGGAACGGAUAACAUGUUUCUUAUGCUUAAAAGUUGGAGAAUGACGAAGACCUCUUCAUCUGAGGAACAAAGAUACAUAUACGCACUGACUGAAUCCGCCGCCUCUCUCUUCUUAACAUCUCUCACCGACGGACUCUCGUUUGCAAUCGGAAGUAUCUCAGACUUUCAUGCAGUCAGUAAGUCCUAAGAUGCUAAAAAAAACGAAAAAAAAACCAGGAAAUUUAGGAGUGUUUUGUACGUACUGCGCCAUGGCGAUCCUGUUCAUGUUCCUAUUCCAAGUCACUUUUUUCAAUGCCGUAAUGUCGUUAUGCUGUCGGAGAGAGGUCGCUGGAAAACAACCGAUAUUCUGUUGUUACGAUUCUGCUCCAAUGAGUGAGCAAAAAGAAAUCAACGCAAAUAGAGUGUGAAGUUCAGAUGAAACGAAGAUCAUGAAGUCUUCCUCAGUCGACGUCUCCUCUUACGUCGCCAAUCUCCUCUUCCAAGUGCUUAAUCCGUGGCCCUCCAGAAUUGCAGUCUUCUGUGUUUUCCUCGUUUAUCUCUUCACUUCCAUCCAUUACGCUCUCUGUCUUCCACUCGGGUUAGACCUUAAACUGCUUGCUCCUGAUGACUCUUACGUGUCGAAGGAGUUGGAAGCUCAGGAGAGACUGUUCGCAGAUUACGGUGGAUUCUGUUUUGCAUUGGUUCGUGCUGAAAACAUUUCGUUACAAGACCCACUAGUGCGAAGAGAUCUGAUCACGUUGUAUCGAGAUUUGGGAGGGUAUGUAGACAGAAAACGACAUAACUAAACGCGUGUUGUUCAGAAGCGAAUACAGUUCGCCCGCAGAAUUCUGGCUUGAGCCAUUCGAACGGAAAUUCAGAGGAAGAAAGUACUCGGAGUCCGAUUUUUCCGAUGAAUUGCACACUUUCCUGGCCAGAGAGCCAAAUUUGAAGUAUCGAAAUGACAUCCGAUUUGCAAUGACCGGACGGAUAGAGGCGAUGAAAAUGAUGUUCAGAGUGAGAAAACUGGGGAAGGAAAAUGAUGCUCCGCGAGCAGAAUACAUGCGGAGAGUGAUGGAAAACAGUCGGUUCAGUGGAUUCGUGUACGAUACGAGCUUCCUUCUCGUGGACCAGCAGAUGACAACUGUGUACAAUGUGAUCAUAGACGUGAUCACUGCCAUUCUCACCAUGCUCUCCAUUUGUGUUCUCAUGGUAUGCCUCUUUCCCUCGAUCCUUUCAUCGUUCCCAUCUUCAGGUUCCUCGUCCCGUCUCCGCCAUGUGCAUCGCUUUUGCUAUUCUCUCCGUGAACGUCGGAGUGGUCGGAGCGCUCGCUGCCACGAACACCCGGCUCGACAUCAUUUCCAUGAUCACCAUCGUCAUGAGCGUCGGAUUCUCUGUCGACUACGUCACUCACACCACUUUCCACUUCGUCAUUCAACGGGAGAACCGUCUGGAAGUGAGCCCCCUCAUUUUCUUUUUCUCAAUCCCGUAUCUCUGUUCAGAAGUGUCUUCUUGUCAUGACGGAACCCAUUCUCCAAUCCGCCCUGUCCACUGCCAUCGGAGUCUCCCUUCUCUCUUUCGUCCAAUCUUACAUCGUCCGGACGUUCGUCAAUACCGUAUUCUUCGUUGUUGGAUUGGGAAUUCUGCACGGGUUGGUCUUCCUUCCUGUUCUUCUGGACACAAUCGUUCCUGAUUCUGAGUACAUGGUUGCCUAUGAACCGGCACACGAAAGAGCGGACGAAUCAGAUAAAGAAAAUCAUUACGAAGAUCUGUAUGGUCUUUGA